AAAUAUAACAAUUAAAAACAGGAAAAAUGUCCUGUACCGGUUUAAUAGUGAUUUGGUUGUUGUUUCGAUAUCAUCCAGUGUUUUUAGUUAUCAGAUAUCAUCAACAUGAGUUUCACAUGUAGUGUUUGUUGUAAAACUUUUAAUUUUUCAAAGGAUUUAAAACGUCAUGCCGAUACUGUACAUAAAAAUGAUUUUUAUGAUUGUGUUUUAUGUGAUAAAAAAUUCUCGAGAAAAGAUAACGUUAAAAGACAUGUUCAACGAGUACAUUUUCUGAAAGGUGAUGUUCAGAGUAUAUUAAAUUACGGUGCAAGUACUUCUAAACACUACCAAGAAAAUAAUAGUAGAAUCGAUUGUAUCAAUCAUAUGGAAAACGAAAAGAAAAUCAAGAAUGAUGAAAACAAUUUUUUCAAUAACAGUGACGAUGAACUCUUAAAAGAAUUCAUUAGAAAAAAAAAUAUGAAGACGGGUAAUAAUUUUUCUGACGGUAAAGACAGUGACGACGAUUUUUUACUUGAAACUGCUAAAAAAAUUGAUCCGACACCAACAGAUGUAGAAAUAGUGAAUGUAUAUCCUGGGGAUAGUAAAAACUGGAUCGAGCGAUUUUCAGAAGAUAUUGAAUUUGAAGAUGUAUGCGUAGAAAAUGAAAUGACUGGUACAGGUAUUCCACACGCGCAGCAAACUAAACAAUCGAUACCGAAUAAUGAUUGUGCAAAAAAAUCGCGUGCGAGAGUAAUAGAAUCAGUUUUUUCGGGCAAUAUAGUUGUACAUAGAAUUGAAAACAUAGAUCCGUUUACUAUCCCCGAAUUCAUUCAACGAUAUGCGUCGGACAUUGAAGAUGUGUGGAAGAAUUCAAUUAAAAAACAUAUUGCGGUAAAGACUUCUUUAGAUUUAGUUACAGUUUAUAAAAAAAUAAUUAAUGUCAAUAGUAGUGCUAAUUUAGAAGUACCCACAAUUACACAAACACUUUCGAUUUCUCCUUUUGUUUUAACACCAUCAAGUAGUAUUUCCGAGUGGAUUACUACUAUUAAACAUCUGCUACAGAAUAAGUCCGAAGAGGUUGAAACGCGUGGGAGCGGAUGGGUUUUCAGGGGUGUAAUUUUUUUGGAUAUUAACUGUUUUAAAUAUGAUCCUAUAAGGGGAGGGUGUAAUACGGUAAUUCCAAAAAAAUUACUUCGUAAAAAUGCUUUGACAAACAUAGAAUGUGAGGGGGAAGAUUGUUUUUUUUGGGCUGUGGUUGCUAGUUUAUAUCCGGUACAAUCGCGUGGUGUGGAUAGGAGUAAGCCCGAUUCUUANCGUGGUUGCUAG